CCCGAGACCGUUCCGCAUCAGUCGGAUGAACCAGCUUGUCGGGAUCGACCUACAGGAACCGUUCCCGCGAUCCCAUCGGGGCAACUGGUAUAUCCUCGUAGCGGUGGAAUACUUCACCCGCUAUCCCAUGGCGGUGGCCAUCCCCGAUAAGACGGCCCUUGUGGUGUCCCAGGCAUUAGUGGAGCACUACGUACUUAAGCACGAGAUCCCCAAAAGGGUCAUUGCCGACCAAGGCAGUGAGUUUGAGGCAGAGCUGUUUCAGGCGCUGUGCCGCGAGUUCAGAAUCCAGAAGGACCGAACAACGGCGUACCACCCCCAGGCGAAUGGGAUGGUGGAGCAUAUGAACCAGACCCUAGCCGGGAAGCUCAAACGCAUGGCGGCCGCAAAUCAGUACGACUGGGACGAACACCUCCCCUAUGCCCUGUUCGCCUACGCCACCACCGUACACACGUCUACAGGACAGACCCCGUUCCUAAUGAUGUUUGGCCGUGAGUCUCGUCUACCCGCAGAUCUGCUGUUCGGCGUUCCCCCACCGCAACAGGAGGAGGGGAGCCGCCCCGUGGAGCACCUGAUGGAGACUCUGCGAGGGGCCCGGGACCAGGCCUACCCGCAAGGAGAGGCCGCGCAUCGGCGGCAAGAGCAGGGCGGCCGACCCCGUAUGGAGCCCCCCUUCUACUCGGCAGGCUCUAAGCCCGCAGGUGCCGAGGGACGAGAAGAGCCGUUGGAGUGGAGGAGGAGACCACCACCGGAACCCCAGGAGACAGAGCCACCACUCCCGAGGCCGGCCACGAGGGCCGGGCGAGUCCCGCGGACCCCGCGGCGCUACCUCGUGGGGGCAACCCAGGCGAGGUGCUCCAGUCAACCCGGGACGGGGACUGGCACCUCGAGGGGCUAUGUGGUGCUACAGCAGCGAAGCCGCUCCGUCAACUGUGAUGCCACAGCAGCGAAGCCGUCCUGCCGACUCUGGCCACGACGCCGCCACCUCCGAGCAACGGGGCCGACCCUGCUCUUCCCUCACCACCCCCCACAUGAACACAAACACACCCCCACAUAGAGCCCUGAGGGGAGGUCACCUGGCCGACAGGUUUUCACCCAGAAGCCCUCUCAUGGGACCAAACUUCACGAUUUCCUGCGACCAGGGAAUUGGGCGACCUCCCCCGAGGCUAACGUGCACCGCGGCACCUUGACUUGGGUUGUAAUUACAUGGUCACGACGGGGCUGCUGAGCCACCGUGGAUAGAAAACACCCACAAUACACACGGGUCAGCAGGCAGGUAGGGGGGUACGGAGUCACAAACGGCGGGAAAAACAGGGCCGGUCCUCUGAUUGGUAGGACAGAUGUGCUUGUUUAGAGGGUGAAAAGCGGACGUCUGAGAGAGCACCGGUCCGGGGAGAGUGGCGGGAAAUCCGAGCCACCUAAUUGGACGGGAGGCCAGCGGAUCAGCGCCGAUUUAUCUUUGAUGUAGGGUACAAUAAAAAGGGUAGAAGAGGUAGAGAGAGUUAGUUCGUGUUCUACUCAAGCCAGCGCUCGGGGCGGUCGACUUCCCAGCCACUCGAACGUCCGUGUGAUGAGUCGAAGUGCACCGAGGAUCCGACCCAGCAGCUCCGUACGAGUCGAACCGUGAGUACCCGAGAGUGAGAUAUUGAGGCCAUUGGGAGAUUGUCUUAGGAGAGUGAUUUGAAAGAGACGAUACGAAUCAGGUCUUAGACCAUCGGGAGAUAGGUUAGACCUGCCCUGCUGACUCAAACUUACUCGGGUAAUUUAACCUUGGACUCACUGAGAAUAAACUGCUGGGGAUCAAUAAA